ACUCGCAAGUGCUUUUCCAAAAGUAUGCACGCGAAUAAACAUUCGAUCCUGGACGCCGAGGUGCUGCACCACACCAGCACCUCGUGGUCCGAAAACCCCAGUUGCGUGUGCCUCGUCAACAAUGAAAUAACCAUUGUUACAUGGCAGUAGCUCAUCCACCACUUGGAUAAAUUCCUUGAUCGGAGCCACGUCACCAUCCAUGCUGUAAAGCGACUCCACGACAAUGAAGACAUUUCGAGCGCCGUUCUUAAUAGUAGCGUCUUUCUUAAUCUCAGCAGCCAAAACAUCUUUUAGUGCAGCUGGCGAGCUAUGUGCAAACAUCUUCCUCGCCGCUGCUCGGGAGAGCCGCAUGCCUUCGCGGGCACUUGCAUGGACCAGCUCAUCGUACAGAAUGAGAUCCCCCGGCUGAGGAAUACUGGACAUAACUCCUACAUUGGCAUCGUAACCGGAAUUGAAAAGAAGUGCCGUCGGAGCGUCGUGAAAGUCGGCCACGAAGCGCUCCAGAUCCUCAGCGUAGGCGGAGUUUCCAUCUAGUAGACGCGACCCGCCGCUAGCAAAAGGAAAUGACUCUGGAGUCCCAUUCAGAUGAGCCAAGUAGCGCUUUCUGAAGGCUGGUGACGUUGACAGGGAGAGAAAGUCAUUGGAAGAGAAAUCAACCGCUGUCCGAGGCAAAACUGUGAGUCUCCGGCGGGCCGAUUUCGCUUCCCGGUUGACCAGAGCCCUUGUCAGGGUGUCGACCAGAGUCUUGGGCUUUGGUGAUGACGCGCCUGUCACCGUGCACGAUCGGGAAGUCAUUGGGAGGCUGGGGGGGUAGGAAAAUGGCUUUCCGGUUGGCUUCAACGGUUGCCGGAAACAAAUUGCGUUAAUAGGCAAUCAUGCAGGAUCGGUUAGGCACGGGUGUUCCUGUUAAAGAUAAGGCACGAUCAAUGAUCCGCACUUGAAGGGCUCUUAGUGUCCGAGCGGACCACGGACGAAUCCGGGGCUGAGGACCGAGAACACGUCAGGGUAGGAGCAGCACGUCGAGGUCGGGUUAUUUGCAAUGGUCGGAAUAAUUCAGCUUCUUUAGUGCUUUGAAAGAUGAAUUGACGUCAAAUCUGACAUAUCUUGAGUCAUUCUGCACCUGUGUUGGGGCGCUCAACUCUUUUUCAACGGGAAAUUCAACCUCGGUGAAGUUCGGUGAAGGGAGAAGUGAAGAAGGUGGAGUCGCCUGUAGACGCGGUGAUUCGCCAAUUGACCUCAAACUUUCCGGGUAACAACCCAAACCCGCGCCUGGACUUGCCUAGGACCCGCGCGGCAUCCGCGGGGGAUCGCUUAACAGUUAUCUUGGACCUUGGGACUUGGACUCAUUGCGCUUGACUCUCCUGCAACUGAAUCAUGGCUCCUGUCGGUGCUGGUCUUUGGCGCACAUUGCGUGCGCACCAGGUCUACGGUGCCAAUACCGACGUUGGCAAGACGAUCGUGUCGACGGUGCUGUGCAAUGCUGUCCAAAGACAGAAACAGAGGGCUGCAUUCCUGAAACCCGUUUCGACAGGGUCGCUGGAAGAAGCUGAUGAUCAGCAUCUCAAGCGGUACGGGGCUGGAACUUUGACCAAGUGCCUCUACCAAUUUGAUGAACCACUUAGUCCGCAUAUCGCGGCCAGGAACAAGACCGUAAGUGAGCAUCGAUACAUGGUAGAUAUCAAGCUGAUUGGAGAGAAGAUUCCUCAAAAUGACGAUCUCCUUGCAUCUAUUCAUAAGACCUUGUCUGACUGGGCCCGGACGGACAUUGACUUCGCCCUGGUCGAGACUGCGGGAGGGGUGCACUCACCAGGCCCCAAUGGAGAUUCCCAAGCAGAUCUCUAUCGACCAUUGCGACUGCCGAUUGUUCUGGUUGCCGACUCGCGCCUAGGAGGCAUUUCGUCUUCUGUUUCCGCAUACGAGUCCCUGCUGCUCCGAGGAUACGACGUGCAGUCAGUAUUAUUAUUCCGCGACGAUUAUUAUCAAAACCAUGAGUACCUUGGCGAGUUCUUCCGCAACAAGAGCAUUCCCCUGGUUCCAUUGCCAGCCCCGCCUGCAAAACCAACUCAGACCGAUGCCCGCUCACUGGAAAAGGACGAGGAAGCUAUGUCUUCGUAUUACCAAAGAGUCUCGCAAGAGUCAGAUAUCAUGCGUCUGAUUGAAGAAAUGAACGUCAAGAACACCAAGCGAAUUGAACGCUUGGAAGAAAUGGCCAGCCGUGCUCAAGACCUGAUCUGGUACCCCUUUACCCAGCACCACGGCAUGCGCCCCAAGGACAUUACCGUGAUUGACUCUGCGCAUGAUGAUUAUUUCCAAACAUUUGGCACCGGUCGCUCAGAGAACCCGGACAGUGAGCUUCGUCCCACUUUUGAUGGCUCGGCUUCUUGGUGGACUCAAGGACUGGGCCAUGGCAACCCUGACCUGUCUUUGUCCGCGGCCUAUGCCGCAGGUCGGUACGGUCAUGUUAUGUUUGCAGGCGCAGUGCAUGAGCCAGCGCUUGCGCUCGCAGAUAAUUUAUUAAAGACACUCGAUAAUCCACGUUUUGCCAAGGUCUUCUAUACGGACAAUGGCAGCACCGGUAUGGAGGUCGCUUUGAAAAUGGGUCUUCGUGUUGCUUGCGAUCGCUAUGGCUGGGAUGCGAGCAAAGAGCAGGUUAGCAUCCUGGGACUCAAGGGCAGCUACCAUGGAGACACGAUCGGUGUGAUGGAUUGUUCUGAGCCAUCAACCUACAACAAGAAGGUGGAGUGGUACCGUGGCCGUGGUCACUGGUUUGACUUCCCCCUCGUCAAGAUGGUGGAUGGACAUUGGAAGGUCGACGUUCCCGCUGAGCUAAAGGCUGAACUUGGUUCUGAUGCUGAAUUCGACUCACUUGGUUCGGUGUUUGACCUUAAGACACGUUUGAACUCUGAGACGUGUCAGGGCUACAAGGAUUAUAUUCGUCGGACCAUCGAAGAUCUUGUCCAGCGCCAUGGGAUGAAGUUCGGUGCUCUCAUUCUAGAGCCUGUCAUUCUGGGUGCAGGAGGCAUGCUUUUCUGCGAUCCUCUCUUCCAACGAUGCUUGACUGAUGUCGUUCGCGACCACCCGGAAUUAUUCUCCCCCAAUGCCCCCUCGCCUAAGGAUGCGUCAUCUUGGUCAGGCUUGCCAGUCAUUUUUGACGAGGUCUUUACUGGUCUCUACCGACUAGGACGCCCAACUUCGGCAUCUUUCCUCGAUGUGCACCCAGAUAUUGCCGUGAAUGCAAAGCUUCUCACCGGCGGUCUGAUUCCCCUGUGCACGACGGUUGCAAGCCAAGAAAUCUUCGAUACUUUCUCGAGCCCCGAGAAGAGCGAUGCCCUCCUUCACGGUCAUAGUUAUACUGCCCAUGCAGUGGGAUGUACUGUUGCCGUCGACUCCUUGAAAACCAUGUCCAACAUGGACAGCAACGGCUCGUGGGAUACUUUCAAGAGUGAUUGGAGCCACAAGACCGCAGCCCCCACAGAUGCGUCUGUCCCGGAUGUAUGGAGUGUGUGGUCCCAGGGUCUCCUGCAAGACCUUUCCCGCGCUGAGUCUGUCGAGAGUGUCUUUGCAAUUGGUACUGUUCUCAGCAUCUCGUUGCGUGAUGCCCAGGGUGGAGGUUACACGUCCACCGCUGCCAAGGGUUUGCAACAACAACUUGCUAUUGGAGGCGACCAUUUCAAUGUUCACUCUCGGGUCUUGGGUAAUGUACUCUACUUGAUGUCUAGUGUUACGUCCAAGCCCGAGUCGCUGCAGGAGCUGGAGAACUUACUGCGGUCGUCGCUUAUCUGAGACAUUACCUAAGUGGGCCACAUCAGCCACCGCAGUUGGUAACAUCAACAUCACCGACGGAACGGGGUCUGCUCUCGGGAUUUGUCUUGCCUACUCGCCCAGGGGUGUGUGUCAGCAUGGACAUC